CUGAUGGUUUCCCUUCGCCUGGUGUGAGUACUGGAGCCCAGACGGCUCCCGUCCCUUUCUGUCAAGCUUGGCUGCCCCCCCACCGCCUCCUUUUACUGAAAGCUGGAAUGUAAGAGUAAGAAGUGAGAUGAUGAUAAUAAUAAUAAAAGAGGCAGGGAGGCGCUGCUCAGCCAGGAAGGCGAGGCAAGCGCAGCUGCAGCUCUAGCGCUCUUUCUGUCUCUCUCCUUGCUUCUGUCUUUGCUUCCCAAGUUCCAAGGCGAUCCGAGAGCCAGGGAAGCCCGACAGAGGAGAUCCAUGCUCACGAUUCAACUGUACAUACAAUCGCCCGAAUAUACAUGCAUAGAAUCGGGAAUGCAAGUGGUGAAUAAUCACAAAAGGCUAGAUUCUUCCAUCCUUGAUCACAGUACUUCCUGCAGGAAGUCAGAAGGAGGACAGAGAGAGAGAGAGAGCACCAUGUCUUCAAUUGCAGCUUAUUACAAUGGAAAGACCGUACUCAUCACAGGAGCCACGGGUUUCAUGGGCAAAGUACUGAUGGAAAAGCUACUGCGCGCCAGCCCUAAUGUGGAAGCUGUUUAUAUCCUUGUGAGGCCAAAGGCAGGACAAUCAAUGCAGGAGAGAGUGGCAAAUAUGGUGAAAUCCAAGGUCUUUGACAGAGUCCGGGAAGAUUGCCCUAACUUCCAGGAGAAGAUUAAGCCUAUUAAUGCAGAACUCACUCAGCCAAAUCUGGCCAUCAGCGCCAAGGACUCGCAGGAGCUCCUGUCCCGGGUCAAUGUUGUCUUCCACUGUGCAGCAACAGUUCGCUUUGAUGAGCCUCUAAAACAUGCCCUGCUGCUGAAUGUCAUGGGCACACAACAGCUCUUACUGCUGGCCCGGCAGAUGCAGAAGCUCGAAGCUUUUAUCCACAUCUCCACUGCCUAUGCAAAUUGUAAUCGGAGAAAUAUAGAUGAAGUCAUCUACCCACCACCUGUUGAGACCAAGAAGCUCUGCGACUUAGUGGAGUGGCUGGAUGAAUCUAUCAUUCAAGAGAUCACACCCAAACUGAUUGGGGACUGGCCGAACACGUAUACAUACACCAAAGCCUUGGCAGAGUACCUGGUCCAGCAAGAGAAAGAGCACUUCAACAUUGCCAUCAUCAGGCCAUCCAUCGUAGGAGCCAGCUGGCAUGAGCCUUUCCCAGGUUGGAUUGACAACUUCAAUGGACCAAGUGGAAUUAUUAUUGCGGCUGGUAAAGGGAUUCUGCAAACUGUCAAAGUCAAUAAUGAUGCAGUAGCAGAUCUGAUUCCAGUAGAUGUCGUCAUCAACCUCAUCCUAGCGGCUGGGUGGCACACAGCAGUUCACAGACCAAAAACAAUGAUGGUGUACAACUGUACAACAGGUGGAAUCAACCCUUUCUGCUGGGGAGAUAUAGGAUACUAUGUCAUAUCCACAUUCAAAAGGAACCCCCUUGAGCAGGCCUUCAGAAUACCCAGGGCUCAGACAACCUCAAACCACCUGAUAAACCAGUACUGGAUAGCUGUCAGUCAUAAGGCUCCAGCCAUGCUCUACGACUUCUACUUGAGGUUAACAGGAAGAAAGCCCAGGAUGAUGAAGAUCUUCAAUCGGCUGCACAAGUCUAUGAUGCUUCUGGAAUAUUUCACCUGUCAGUCCUGGGAGUGGUCUUCAGAAAAUAUGAACAUGUUAAUGGCCCAGCUCAGUCCAGAGGACAGGAGAUUAUUCAACUUUGAUGUGCGUCAGCUGCAUUGGUCGGAAUACAUUGAAAAUUACUGCAUAGGAGCGAAGAAAUAUUUGCUUAAUGAGGACAUGUCUGGGAUUCCUGCAGCAAAGCAGCACUUACGAAAGCUAAGGAACAUCCAGUAUGCAUUCAACACUACCCUCCUUGUGAUCAUCUGGCGCAUUUUCAUUGCAAGGUCGCAGAUGGCUCGUAACAUCUGGUACUUCGUUGUGAGCCUCUGCUAUAAGUUCCUUUCCUAUUUCAGGGCAUCAAGCACCAUCAGGCACUGA